GAUGAUGUGCAAACCUCAGACGUGAUGCAGUACCAAGUUCGUCUGGUAAACGGUCGUGACAGGUGUGAGGGUCGUGUGGAAGUCUACUACAACGGGGAAUGGGGCACAGUAUGUGACGAUGAUUGGGACAUGGUUGAUUCCAAUGUGGUGUGUCGACAACUGGGCUGUGGACGGGCUGUGGCCGUGGGCAGCAGAUCUCGCUUCAGACAAGGGACCGGACCCAUCCUACUGGAUAACGUGGACUGCAAAGGAUCAGAGACUGACCUCAGCCAGUGUGCCAGUCACGGCUGGGGUACCCAUAACUGCUACCACUAUGAGGAUGUAGCUAUAACUUGCAGAGAACCGUCAGCCGUGAAAGGCCCAGAUGAGAUCACCACACGGCCACCCUGGGACUCAGAUAUUGGAGAUGGCACCAUCCGUCUGGCAGGUGGAUCCGACUCCUGCCAGGGUCGGGUUGAGAUCUACUUCCAGGGAAAGUGGGGGACAGUGUGUGAUGAUGCCUGGGACUACAGAGAUGCACAGGUGGUGUGCCAGCAGUUAGGCUGCGGCCAAGUGAUCUCCGCCCCGAUUAUGGCUGCAUUUGGAUAUGGAACCGGACACAUUCUGCUGGACAAUGUUAACUGCUACGGCCACGAAAAGCAGCUAUCCAAAUGUCAUCAUUUUGGUUGGGGCAACCACAACUGCGGCCACCACGAGGACGCUGGGGUCGUUUGUGCUCGAUCCACUACUGCAGCUCCUGUGAGAAAUGAAACAACCGCCCCAACACAGCCUUCAAUCACAAACAUCACUGAAGUAACAGAUGUUCCAGUUCCAGUUACCCAGCGUGUCACCACUCUCAGCACAGCCAUCCAAACAAAUGCCAGGCCAGUCAUUCGUGUAGUGAACGGCGAGACUAGCUGUCAGGGCCGCGUAGAGGUCUUCUACGCAGACCUUUGGGGGACCGUCUGUGAUGAUGACUGGGACAUGGACAACGCCCGCGUGGUGUGCAGGCAGCUCGGCUGCGGCUCGGCUAUCGCCUUCACGCAGAACGCCUUCUUUGGCUAUGGUUCAGGGCAAAUCAUGCUGGAUAACGUGCAGUGUAAUGGCAGCGAACCUCAACUGAGUGACUGCUUCAAUCUGGGCUGGUUUCAGCACAACUGCGGCCAUCACGAAGACGCAGGCGUCAUCUGCUCAUUACGAGAGCCUAGCAUUACUGUGUCAGUUGGACAAGAGGUCAGAGUGACAGAAACCAUAUCCACAACCACACAGCCGGCUGAAGGCGCUUUGAGACUGGUGGAUGGGCAGCAUCGCUGUGAAGGUCGGGUGGAGAUGUUCCUGAAUUCUGAAUGGGGCACGGUGUGUGAUGAUGCUUGGGACCUCCCUGAUGCUGAGGUCGUGUGCCGUCAGCUCAGCUGCGGAGAUGCCACGGCUGCAUUUGGAGCGUCCCACUUUGGGCGUGGCACAGGAAUGAUACUGAUGGACAAUCUGAAGUGCACCGGUACAGAGGCCUCGCUUCAGCAGUGCUCCCAUAUACGCUGGGACGUGCACAACUGUGACCACUCUGAAGACGCUGGUGUCAGCUGCUCACUGUCGUGAUUUCAACAGACCCACACUCCCACCUCCACCAUAAGCCGGAGGCGGGCGUAUCAGCCAGGGACUUUCAUGCUUCAUGUAAAUAACAGCUUUCACUCGGAUUACUGCACCACAAAAACACAUAAAAUAACUCGUGUAAGAAUAUAUGAAUAUUGCAUAUUCUAGCUAUGUUUUAUUAAGCACUUUAUAAAUAUGUAUAUUAUACAUAAUAUAAUGCACACCGUUCUUAUAAUAUAAACAAUGUAAAAAAAACAGCAUUUUGACUGUGUGCCUUAUUUUUUAAUCAAAUAUUUUCUAAGAACAUACAUGCUGCCAUUUCAUAGUGAACUGCUGGUUGAUUAAAGUAUAAUUGGGGACGUCUGUAAUUAUUAAAUGUGCAGAUAAGGGACAAAGAGGGAAUUUUCAAACAGGGACUUCAGUUUUGACAGUUCCUUACUAAUAUGAAACAAUCUGAGAGUCUGUUAAAAUAAGAUACUACAUGCCUAUG